ACUCUCCUGGAAACUUGUUGCCAUACUGCACUCGCCUGAGCAGCUAGCAGUUAGCUCGCUAGCUAGCGUUAGCACACAUUGACUCAGUAUCCAGCAGCGGUCGUAGCGCAGAGAAACUCUUGCUCCGUCCGUCCACACACCAAUGACAGGGACACUGACUUCACAGACAUGCGCCUGGACACUGACUGAUAUCUGGCUCGCUGUUCAUCACUUCAUUGCCAUCGCUGUGUGAAGCUAUCUCUGAUCUGAAGCUGCACUCUGACUCGGCUAUGGAUACUGAUCGCCAGAAACGCAGAGAGGAGAUUCAGAAAGCCAUGAGCUUUAUUCAGUCAUCUUUGCCUUUCCCAGAGCCAGAGAGCUAUGAGGCAUUUGUGAUCCAGUUGGUAUGUAACUUGCUGGACGAGGGCAAUUCUUGCUUUCGAGAUGGGGACUGUCGACAAGCGACCCAGCAGUAUGGAGAGGGGAUCAGUGUUGCCCGCUAUGCUCAGGCUGAGGCCCUCGUCAUCCCUCACGAGCUGCUGGAGAGCCUAUAUGUCAACAGGGCUGCUUCCUGCUACCAGACGAGGGAGUAUGAGCGCUGUGUUCAGGACUGUGACAGCGCACUGUGUGUGUCAGAAGGCAGUCGCAGGGCUUUGUACCGCAAAGCGAUCUGUCUGAGGGAGUUGGGACGAAUCCGGGAGGCCUAUGAGUGUGGAACAAAAUGUCUACUCACAGCACCACACGACAGACUGGUGAAUGACCUGGCUCAGGAUCUGGCCAAUAAACUAGGCCUGAAGGGCCGCAAGGCUUACGUCAGCCCUCAAACGGAGUCCACAGCCACAGAAGGGGAGAGUCAUGGGGAGACUUCCCCACCCACAGGAGAGAUGUCCUCCAAUGGGCUGGAAUCUCUUAGUGACAUGGGACAAGGGGACCUGUCUAACGCGCAGUGCAUCCCUGCUCCUUUGGCCACACCCAUCCCGGUCAGUGAUGAUCCGGCGACCCCUGUGGUGACCCCAUGCACUGACCUGUCAGAGAGCCCCAGCAGCCAAGGCCUGCCCCCCAUGCAGUUCUCCGUCCCUGUGUCGGAGCACAUGGAUGAAUGCAGCAGCAGCGUCAUCAAGGACGAGCUGGACUGUCUGCUGGACUGCAUCCCGAAGAACGUCAGUGAGAGUCCAGUCCAGGGUGCUAUCCCCACCAACCUCCCCAAUACGGCAGUGGGUCUCCGACCGCCUUACUCCCCGAACCUUCAAGCCCCGUCCCCCCAGCUUGCCCCAACAUUCUUUAGCUCCUCUAUCAGUGAGAUGCCCCCACUGGAGCCCUACUCGCCGCUGGCCCAGCGGGACCAGGGCUCCACCCAGGCGCAGGACGCACUGGGAAGCUUUUCCACAGGGGCCACAGAUGGAGAAGGGAAGGCUUCUGGCGGGCUGGACUCGUUGUCUGAGUAUACUCUCCCUGGGGGAAGAAUGUGUCACAGCUUCAUCCCUGGAAUGCGUAACCACAAUGCUGCACAUGCAAACGGUCCAGCAGGAACCAACCUGUCUCUGCUCUCCAGGAAUCCUCUGGCAGCCACACAUGAGUUUCGGCAGGCCUGUCAUGCCUGUUACAGCCGAAUAGGUCCUCGAGUGAUGGAUUACAAGUAUCAGCCGGAGGCAGCACACCGCUGCAAAAGGGAUGUGCUUCUGUGCCGCCUAAAAAACACAGAUGACCCAACUUGGAAGAGGAUCCGGCCAAGGCCAGCACGGAACAACUUCCUUGGGGCAUUUGUUCUCUGUAAAGAGGUGCAGGAGCGUCAGGAGUGCCAGUAUGGGGAGAACUGUACGUUUGCUUACUGCCAGGAGGAGAUUGACGUGUGGACCCAGGAGAGGAAGGGUGCGCUGAGCCGAGAGCUGCUGUUCGAUCCGCUGGGCAGCACAGAGAGACGGGCGCUCAGCGUCACCCGACUGCUGCAGCUCCACAUGGGCAUGUUCAUGUUCCUCUGUGAGGAAUGUUUUGACAGUAAGCCUCGCAUCAUCAGCAAACGCAGCAAAGAAAACUUAGCGGUCUGCUCAAACCUCACAGCUCGACACCCGUUUGACGACAACAAGUGCCUGGUGCACGUGGUGAGGUCAGCCAAUGUGCGCUACAGUAAGGUGCGUCCCCUGCAUCCUCUCUGCCAGUUCGACGUGUGUCGUCACGAGGUUCGCUAUGGCUGCCAGCGUGAGGACAGCUGCUCCUUUGCUCACUCCGUCAUAGAGCUCAAAUGCUGGGUCCUGCAGCAGGAUACAGGUAUCACCCACGAAGAGAUGGUGCAGGAGUCCAAGAGACAUUGGCAAAGGCUGGAGCAGAACGCACAGAAGCAGCAGAAGCCAAUCCAUAUCCCGCAUCCAAGCAGCAGCAUGCCUACAGGAGGAGUGGGGGGAAUGGGAGGUGGGGGCGGAGGGAUAGGGGGAGAUGGCAUUGGUGGGGGUGGUGUGGGCCCAGUGGGUGGGUUGGGGAUGGGAGGACUGGGCGCAGGGAUGGGAAGAGGGCCCCUCAACCUGAAAAUGAAAUUUGUGUGCGGCCAGUGCUGGAGAGAAGGACAGGUCAACGAGCCCGACAAGAACCUCAAGUACUGCACUGCCAAAGCACGGCAUAGCUGGACGAAGGAGCGUCGGGUCCUGCUGGUGAAAUCAUUUGAGAAGAAGAAGUGGGUUGUUGUUCGGCCUCUGCCUUUCUCCCGCACCUAUCCACAGCAAUAUGACAUGUGUGUGCAUGUGAUGAAGCAGAAGAAGUGCCACUAUAUUGGGAACUGCUCAUUUGCUCAUAGUCUGGAGGAGAGGGACGUCUGGACGUACAUGAAGAACAACAGCUUGAGAGACAUGCAACAGAUGUACGAACUGUGGCUGCAGCUCACCAAUCAGAGUAGACGCACGGAAAGCUCUGUUGUGAGCCCGCCCCAAGAGGACAAGCAGGUCACAAUAACAGCGGAUUACGCAGAAAGCAUGGGAGGCCGGCGGUUGUCAGAUGGGGAUGAUCUCUGAGAGUUGCCAUGUUGACUAGAGGCAGCUGAUCGCCGCUGAGCUGCAGACCGAGACAGAGAGACGGGCCUGCAACACCGGCUGCAACCAAACAGUCUGUCAUCUCGCCAGUCUGACCUCCCAUAACAUCUAGCCAGCAAUCUCAGAGAAGAUGGAAAAUGCAACUAAAUGGUUGAGCCCCACACACCCACACACACAUACAUACGAACACUUCACAAAGCACAUGACACAUAACUCACAGGCACCGCUUAAUAAAAAGAUAAAGCUUUGUGUGUGAAAAUAGAGGACUUUGUGAUUUAGUAUGAUGCUGCAGUUACACUCAGCACCUUUAGCCCCCCCCCAGCAGAUUAUACUGCAGAAAUUCCACAGACACCUAGUUUUGCUCUGACUAAAAAUAAUCAACUAGUAUUACCUAGUGGUCUUUGGACUGAGUAUCUGUGUCCAACAGGCGCCACUUUUUCUUUUUUUUGUGUUUGUUAAAAUCCACGAAGCACUGAAACAAUUCCUAGGUGGGCGCGCUGGUCGCAGCCCCUUAAAUUCUUCUUGGUUGAAUUGAGCUCCGUACUCAGACACUAAAAGUUUUAACUUUGGAGUGCUAAACCCCACAAUGCUUUCAAGGGUAAUGGAGACUUGGUAAACUAUGAAGAAUUGUAAAAAGAGAUUCUAAUUAAGUGGACACUCCUCGAUAAACUUGCCCAACAACCAAAUCCCACUCUCCUUCCUUUAUGGGAAUAUUAUGAGAGGGUCAAAAAAGCUUUCUGGAGAUUACAGAUUUUGAUUAAUAUUUUUUUUUAAAGGGGAGUUGCACUUCCUUGUUAUAUUGUCUGCCAUAUUGGUAGAACGCUAUGAAUGUAAUGCCUGCAUGGGCCUUUAAAACUAGGAAAUUAGUCAUUUAAAACAUUGCUGUGGUGGAAUGUAUGCAAGUAUACUUACAUGCCCCAAAACCAACUUGUGUAACAUGACAGCCCUCGCCCCUCCCUCCCCUCUAUAGAUAUAAGAUGGCUUCUAGAUAGCUGGUUAUGUAAUCAAACAAACUUUCCACGCAUGGGACGAGCACAGACACGCACACUCAUCACAUUAUAACCUUGUAGUUGGACCGGUAUCCUGGUGAAUCAAAGCAUGCUUGAAUAGCAGCCAUCUUAAAUUCACAAAAGGGAUGCGGUGGUGUGUGAUAAUUAACUAACCACCUGUGGCUAAUGUACGCAUGGCUAAUGGCUCAAAGCAAUGUGGCCAAAGCAACCGAGGGGCUAUUCACCGUCAUGUACUGGCAGCUGACAGAGAUGUGAAGCGGGUGCAGGAUGGCUAGAGAGAAGUGACUGCAGCACACGUACAGUCCUGGCUAGAGCUGCUCUCAGCAUUAGAUCAGUUCAGACCGCAGAUGCUCAUUACGAAAUAAUGACCUCACUUGGACUGAAGCAUAGUGAAAAUACUGCCCAUACAGAGGACUUCAGUUGUAAAAAAAAAAAGAAAGUUUUGUAAUAGUUAAUAAAAAAAAGCUUGGAGAAAAUGAAAGAAAUUAAGGAUUAUUAAGAAUGUAUGUUUCUACAGUUGAUUGUAAGAAUAUUUAAGAUAAUUUGAAAGUAAGGGCAUGUUGCCACUUCUUCAGUUGAACUGGGGUCAUUAUUUCACUGAAAACAACAGUCUUGCCCCAAAGGCCUUCAGAUGCAAACCAGUGUUCCUCAUAUGCAUCCAUUUGUUAUGUUCCUGACAGCUAUCAGUAGCUCCUAAUAUUAACCUUUUCAUGAUGGAAAAACCUGUUAGCCUGAGACAGGGAAACCAUUCUCACCACAUGUUGUGCCUAUGAACAACACAUCAACAUACAACACAAACACACACACACACACACACACACACACACACACAGAAACACAAACACAGAGGCAGGAUAUCUGUUGCCAUCUUAUUCUAGCCUUUAACGUGGAUGGAGACGCGAUGGAGAUAUGUCUAUAUUCAGAUACAUAUACACGCAUAUUAUACAUAUUUACAAAUAAUGGUAUACUACUAAUAAUAAUUGAUAACUUAGCGGUUAAGCUUAAUAAAUAUAUAACCUGAAAACCUGUAUUGAUUACAUAGAAGAACUUCUUGUUAUUGAGGUAUUGCUAUAUGACAUGUAUCACUGAACUAGAUGACUAUAGUGUUUUUUGUUUUAUAUGAUUCUUUUUAUUUUGUAAUUUUUCCUUCUGUGUGGGUUGUUCCAGACAGGGUUUGUUUGUUCGGUAAAUCUUUUUACUGAGAGCCGAAGUUGAAAGAAAUCGAGUGAGCUGCACAACUUGAGUUUUUUUUUUUUUCUUUGUUCACAAGUUCAGCAGCUAAACUGGAUCCACAGAAUGUGGCAGUGUUCCUGUUCUGCUAUAUAUAGGUCAAAAGCUGCACACUAUAUUUUAAGCAUUCACCUAAUUUUCUUGUUCGGCUCAGUGCAAAAAAAAAAAAAACAAACAAACUGCUUCAAUUCCCAAAAUACUGACUUUACACUCAACCAGAACAUUAACGUCAGUUGGAGCAGAACGUUCAAAAAGUGUGAAGACAAGAUGUCUAACUGUAGAAAAGACCUUAAAACCACAAUAUAAGAGUGUUUUUGUGAUAUUCCAUUUGUCUGCAGUCAGUGUAUAAAUAGAAAAUAGAGAAAUGGAUGUCGCGCCCCAGGCUGCAGUGUCUUAAUUAUUAUCAGCUCUUAAAAACUGACUUAAUGCCCAAUCAGAAUUUAGACAGACAGCCCAACCUGGGCUGAACCACAGAAGCAGAUCUAAGGUCAGUUUAGCUGGGGGGGAUUGUUGAUGAUGAGCCCUUGUCUGGAACAGCCCAGAUAUUAGCUUCUUUGAGGGAUCGUAUUACUACUACUCCUAGUAUUAUGAUGAAUAUGAUGAUGAUAAUGAUCGCUAUCUAUUGACUAUUUCUAUUUCUUCUCUAUAUGCUAUUGAUAAAUGUAUGUUUAUUGCAAUGUAUAACUCUCUUUAUAUAUGUAUCCAUUGUAUGAAUAUAAUAACUAACAGUAAAUAUGCAUCUGUGUAUGCAGCAGGGCACAGCUCUGUCUGGGAGGCAGUGAGCAGAAAACGUCCAGCUUCUGAUAUUAACGUAAGGCUCAUGAGGUUUAAUCCUACAGGUGGUGCUGUCAGUUAUCAGCUACCUGUAGGUUGUCAGUAGUAGAAGACAUCUCACACGGUACAGUAGACCUGCUAUAUAUUAAUGUUGUCUGAGCUCUGUUCGUAAACUUUAGGAUUAUUUGGGCACUGGCCAAAAAAAAAAGAUAGUUGAUGAUUAAAGUUUACUAUAUAUAUAUAUACGGUUAACUGUUUCCCCUUCGCAGUGUCCUCAGAGUUGGUCCUACCAACGGAGCUCGCUGCUCACUGCCUGUGCUGUGCGCUUUUGUUUAAAUUGAUUCACCAAGCAAAGACGGAUACGGAAAAGCAUACAUAGUAGCCUAUAUACUCCCAUAUAGCGCCUUAUUCCAUAUAUACUACACCUAUAAGAUGAUACAUACCCCUAUUGUAUAUUCCUGCUUACUAUAUACAGUAUAUGAUACCUGAUAUCUAUUAUAAUACUUAGACACCCUUAUAAGGUAAUUUAGAUAAGAGAUGGUGGAGAAUUUUAUUUUUUUUGUGGUCUGUAACGUGUUCCCAUCUUGUUUUUCGGACUGUUUAAAAGUUGUUAGGAGAGUGCCAAACACUCAAAUGCUCUUUGUCAUUCACUUGUUGUCCGUUCUGGAUUUUUGCAAAGCAGCUGGGAUGGAAAGAUAACAUCAGCCACAUGCCAAAUAAUGGUAAAUCUUAAUUUUGUUUGAAAAAGUUGUCUUUGGUAAAUAACCACAAGGUGGAAUUUUAUUUUGAACUUAUAAUUGGCUUAAUUAUUGGCUGGCACAAGUGGAAAAACAGUUCAAUCAUGUUUGAACUCCUGCCUAUAAAGACAUGUUGGAGUAAAUUGUUAUAGUGAAGAAAGAAAGCAGAGCAUUUGAUGGGGGACUCCUCUUACGUUGUUGGAGAAAGGUAUUAAUGAUGUAACUGAAUUUCACAUUGGAACCUGUGCUGCAUGUUCUGUUUGUUUGUUGUUAAAGGCAGGCAAAUCAUGACACAAACUAAAUGUGAGGCAGGUUUCUACUACUUUAUGCAUACGCAUAACAGUAGGCUUUGUAGUACUCAUAACUACAGUACAAGAAACCUCCAACACAUGCAGGCCCUUUCAUUGUUGUUUAUUAUAUUACAAUAAAGUGAUUAUUCCCCUUGUGUGGGCUUUAGCAUGCAUAUAGGGGCAUUUUGGUAAUAAUCCUGCCCUCUGAUAAAGUUUGUGUCACCUGAUUCCGAGCGCAAACACACACCUACACAGCCGCAAAAAAAAGAUCUUAAUUUAUCGGUUUUCAAUCAGUUAGAAAAUAUUGGUUCUUUGAAUUAUUUUCAACAACUCUGAUGAUGAAACCAGGGUUGUAAGAAGUGGAAAAAACAAGGCCUCUUUUUGUACUGUAUUUUUACAUUUUGUUUUAUGUUUUAUCUUCCUGACUUUGUUUUCUCUUUUUCUCCUCCCUGGUUGGAAGUUCAUGAUCUCAUAAGUGGACCAAAUCUCUUGAAAGCAUUUAAUAAACAGACUG